UCCCAUAAUUCCUACUUCCGCAGGCGAUCAGGGUAUUAUGUUGACUAGCAAGAAGUACCCUUGUCUUGUCUCUGCUAGUUAGCCAGCUGCAGUGACUCUGACAAGCGACUUGUGGAGCACAGCGGCCAAAUGCACACAGCUCCGGAGAUGAAAGGUGUGUCUCCCUGCCCUAAGUAGCAGUGAUGGACGGAGAAGCCCAAAGGGCGACUGUGUCAUGGGAGAAUGGUACUCUGGCUCCUGUGGACCGCCUUCGCUCAGAGAGGGCGGACAGCCCCACACCAGGUCUGGUGGAGGGAACUGAACCAGGUGCCGGUCAGAAGAGUGCUAUGUUUGUCCAUGCACAGUCUUUCGAGGAUCUGACUGCGGAGGCUGAGGAAGCGGCUCGGACGGACACUGAUCUGGACAAAUCGGAAGGGGAGUGUGCAGAGGAGCUCAAGGUGCUGGUGGGGGAGAAAACCAUAGAGGAGCAACGCAACAACAACACUUCGUCAGUGUUCAGGUCUAAGGAGGAGGAUGUGUCCAGUGAGGCGUGGAGGAGCCACAGAAAACACGUGUUCGUGCUGAGCGAGGCUGGAAAGCCGAUCUACACCCGCUACGGCACAGAGGAGGCUCUGUCCAGCACCAUGGGAGUGAUGAUGGCCCUCGUCUCCUUUGUAGAGGCUGAGAAGAACAUCAUCCGCUCCAUCCAUGCUGAUGGCUGUAAAGUGGUUUUCCUCACCAAGAGCCCUCUGGUCCUGGUGGGCGUGUCUCGGACCUGUCAGUCAGACAAGGAGCUGCUGCGCGAGCUGCAGUACAUCUACUACCAGAUCGUCAGCCUGCUCACCCUCACUCAGCUCAACCACAUCUUCCAGCACAAGCAGAACUACGACCUGCGCCGCCUGCUGGCCGGCUCCGAGUAUCUCACCGACAACCUGCUGCAUCGGCUGGACCGAGACCCCGGCCUGCUGCUCAGCGCCGUCACCUGCCUGCCGCUGGCCAGCUCCGCCAGGGAUGUGGUCUCAUCGAGCCUGCAGGCCGCAAAAGCCAAGAACCUGGUGUUCUCCAUCCUGCUGGCGGGGGACCGACUGGUUACCCUGGUGAGAAAAAAGGACCAGUUCCUGCACCACAUAGACUUGCACCUGGUCUUCAACCUUGUCGGCUCCUCCUCGUCCUUCCGAGAGGGUGAAGGCUGGACGCCUAUCUGCCUGCCAAAGUUUAACACUGCGGGAUUUUUCCACGCUCACAUUUCUUACCUGCAACCUGCAUCGGAGCUCUGCCUCAUUCUGGUCUCAACAGACAGAGAGGACUUCUUUAACAUGUCUGACUGCAAGCAACGGUUCCUGGAGAGGCUGAGUAAGCGCAAUGCGUACCAGGCUCUGAAGGAGGCGCUUAAAUGUCCUAGUUAUUCUGUGGCGCAGGUUGGCAUCCCAGAGCUCAGGCACUUCCUGUACAAAUCAAAGAGCUCGGGCCUGUACACCAGUCCAGAGUUUCCUGUGGCGUACCAGUCUGAUGAAGAGCAGGAAAGGCUGAUGGGUUUGUACCAGGACCUCCACAGCUGCUUGCACCAUCCAACCAGACCCCUCCGUUCCUUCUACCGCUGUAGUGAAACUGAAAACCUGCUGGCCUGGGUGACAAGUGGCUUCGAGCUCUACCUCUGCUUCAGUCCGCUGGGGACCAAGGCCUUGGCGGUCUCUGCUGUCAACAAACUGCUGAAGUGGAUCAGGAAGGAGGAGGAUCGCCUCUUCAUCCUGAGUCCUCUCACAUACUGAGCCCUCGCUGCCAGCCUAACCUGCUGGAACGAAAAUUGCACCUUGAACGCCGACUGGCCUGGUGCUAACAACAGCUGUGGAUGAAGCAGUGGUCAGUUCAGUGUCCACAUACUGUAUGAUUGUCGAAGCUAUACAUUUUGUGCUUCUGGGUUCCUCUGAUCCAGUAAUGAAUUAGGUUGUGCAAGGAAGGUAAAUUAGAGCUGGCUAGAUUAUUAUUAUUAUUUUUUUUAUAUAUAAAUUUUGAUUUGGAUAACAACAACAGAUGAAAGUAACAUCAGCACCAUUAAUAACAAAACCUUGCGGUGUCUGUAUGCUGCUGAAGUUGUUCCAUAAAUAAUUGUUUUAUUGUAACAGACCCCUUAUGCAACUCAGAAUAAGAUAAAUGUUGUCUUUUUUUUUUUAAUGCUAUCAACUCUUAAAAAAAAAAUCUUUAAAAAAAAUCAAGAAUAAAAUUUGAAUUUUAAAAACUGGAAUAUUUUUCCAAGACCUGCAGUACAAUGUAUUAUUAUGACAUAUUGUCAAAAUAUAGUUACCAACAUCCCUGUUGUGUUUUCGCUUUACAUGAUGACCAAUAACUGUAAUAACCAUUGUCAUUUUACCUCUACGCACUUUCUUUAUGCAGAAAGCACUCUAAGAAAUGUGUUCAUGAGUGUGUAACAUGUUUACUGCUGUCAGUUUUUGUGUUCACAUGUAUUGUUAUUGUCAGUGUAAUGUAAGUCUCUUACUCCCCCACUGGCCAAAUAGCAUUUUCCUCAAGUAUUGCAUUUACCAUAAUAUGGACAAAUCAAUACCAAGAAACGUGUUGUGUGAUUUGUUCUUUUCUGCUUGUGUCUUACCAUAAAGGUUCAUUGUAUUUCACGGACUGUGCUUAAGGAAUCUACGAUGCCAAAUCUGCCUCCAGGAAUCAUGCCUUAACUAAUGGUCAUGCUGCAAAGCCAAUUUGAGGUUGUAACAGUGCAGAUUUACUGCUGCCGCACAGCUUGAAAACGAUUUUAUAUAUAUAUAU